UUCGUUUAAUUUCAAAGCUCAUUCAACUCUCUCACCCGCAUAUUAUAACCCUCUCACUUUCUCCCUCCUUGUUGCCCUUUUCCCAUGGCCGUGUUUGGCCACCCAGAAAAUAUUCCAGACGGAAACUCAUCCACCGUUGACGGCCCAGUUCCUCGUGAUCACUUCCAAUCUCUAAUGUCAUCUUGUUAUCCCAUCACUCUCAAGUUUGUGGACUUGUGCUACCGAGUAAAGCCGAAGAAGAACGGGCCCAUGUUCGGCGCUGUGCUACCCAGAUCGCCGUCCGAUCAGAAACCGACAGGCGCCACGCAAGAGCGAGCAAUCCUGAACGGGAUCACCGGAAUGGUGUCGCCGGGGGAGAUCCUGGUAGUCCUGGGCCCGUCCGGGAGCGGCAAAUCGACGCUCCUGAACGCGCUGGCGGGGAGGCUCCAAGGCCAUGGCCUCAGCGGAACGGUCCUGGCGAACGGUCGGAAACUGACCAAACCGGUUCUGAGACGAACCGGGUUCGUGGCUCAGGACGACCUGCUGUACCCCCACCUGACCGUGCGGGAAACCUUGGUGUUUUGCUCCCUCCUGCGCCUCCCCCAAACGCUGUCCAAGGCGGAGAAGAUAUCGGUGGUGGAGUCAGUGAUGGCGGAGCUGGGGUUAGAGAAAUGCGAGAACACCAUAAUAGGGGACGCUCUCGUGCGCGGAGUCUCGGGAGGGGAGAGGAAGAGAGUGAGCAUAGGGCGCGAGAUGGUGGUGAACCCGAGCUUGCUGAUUCUGGACGAGCCGACGUCAGGGCUGGACUCGACGGCAGCGCACCGCAUGGUGGGGACGCUGCGGGCUCUGGCGGGGGAAAAGGGGAGGACGGUGGUGACGUCGGUGCACCAGCCGUCAAGCAGGGCGUACCAGAUGUUCGACUCGGUGCUGCUGCUGUCGGAGGGAUGGUGUUUGUACUUUGGGAAAGGGAGCGAAGCGAUGGCGUACUUUGAGUCGGUUGGGUUCGAGCCUUCGUUUCCCAUGAAUCCGGCGGACUUCUUCCUCGAUCUCGCUAAUGGCGUUUACCAAGUAGACAGUUCAACCCAGGGAGAGAAGCCCAACGUAAAGCAAUCUCUGGUUUCGUCAUACAACACCUUGCUUGCUCCCAAAGUGAAAGCCGCUAUCACGGCCGCCGACGUCGCUCCCACUUCGGCCACGGCCGCGCCCAUUCUCCCGCUGAUCCACUCUCCGAUGACUACCUGGCUCAACCAGUUCACCAUUCUCCUCCGCAGAAGCCUCAAAGAGCGAAAACACGAGUCUUUCAACUACCUCCGCAUCUUCCAGGUGCUCACCGCCGCCUUCCUCGCCGGAGCCAUGUGGUGGCGUUCCAACUCCCACAACGUCCAGGACCGCCUCGGCCUCCUCUUCUUCGUCGCCAUCUUCUGGGGCGUCUUCCCCGCCACCAACGCCGCCUUCGCCUUCCCCCAGGACCGAGCCAUCUUCGCCAAGGAGCUCGCCGCCGGCAUCUACACCCUCUCCCCCUACUUCACCGCUCGCAUUGUCGGCGACCUCCCCAUGGAGCUCAUCCUCCCCGCCUUCUUCCUUGCCGUCGUCUACUGGAUGGCCGGCCUAAACCCCCAUCCCAUGGCCUUCGUCCUCACGCUCCUCGUCCUCCUAGGCUACGUGCUGGUGGCUCAGGGGUUGGGCCUGGCGAUGGGGGCGGCGAUCAUGAACGCGAAGCAGGCGCUGACGGUGGUCACGGUGGUUAUGCUGGCGUUCAUAUUGACGGGGGGGUAUUACGUGCACAAGGGGCCGGCGUGCUUGCAUUGGAUUAGGUAUGUGUCGGUCACGUUCUAUGGGUAUAGGCUUCUGAUUGACGUCCAGUAUGGCGGUGGUGAGAAGAUUUGGUCGGCUUUGGGUUGCGAGAACGCCGGCCGGGGGAACAGAAGCAACGCUAACGUCGGCACCGACUGCAAUUUUAUUAAUGAAGACAUAGGGCGGCAGAUACGGCCGGCGGUUAGCGUAGGAGCGUUAUUCGUUAUGUUUGUGGGGUACAGGUUGCUGGCUUAUCUCGCGCUCAGGCGCGUCAAAGCUUGAGAAUUGAAAUUUUUUAUUCUUAACAUUGCCAAGAAAUCGAGGAAGAGAGAAGAAAAGAAAAAGCAAAAAAAAAAAGAAAAGAAACGAAAAGCUGCAACGUACUCUGGAUGGAUGGAAUCCUCAAACAGUACACAAGCCUGGAUCAGUGGGUUCCAUCUUUGAUCAUGUUUAGUAGUAAGGUAGCUAAGGAAUUGAUUAGAAGAGUGUCUCUUGAGCAUUCAAAUUGUAGCAUGAGAUCUUUGCUUUCUAAGCUUGAUGGCUGAUGUGCUGUACUGUACGUCAUGUGCAGCUUCAUCAUUUAUGGCUUUGAGUCGAUGCCAUCGGCUGCUAGCUGUACGUUCGAAUCCAAGUCUUCGAUCUGUUUGUUUAUUUAAUUUUUUUUUUAAUUUUUCUCUC